AUGAGCUCCCUAUUUCUUCCAAAUCCUUGUCUGCUGGGAAUCCUGCUGUCAGUUUCCACACAUGACGGGAACCAAUUGGUAUUUCAUUAUCCGCCCCAGCCCAAUGAGUACGGAUAUCGCCCGACACCGCUCGGAAACCAAGUGCUGAACACAGAAGACGACGACUACUCCAGCUCGUCCAAUGACGAAAUAGACGACGAAUUGCUGGACAUGAACUUGUACAGCAUCCAAAACGGCGAUGACGACUACAGCUUUUCUGCUGGAGGCAGCAGCCGCGGCAGUGUAGGUGCAGAGAGCAACGGCAGUGGUGUCAACGUGCUGGGUACCUCGACGAAUUCGGGAGGCAAAGGUUUGCUGGGGAUAUUGGACGAACAAGACCGCAAACGAAAGGAUAAGGAGCACAAGCGUCGCAAUCUCAUGAAAAAUAUUAUCAUGGGAGAGCAAGUUGGCCAAGCAGACACGUCAGGUAGCAACAGAAGCCCCAGUACUUCUCUUGUGAAUGGGAGCGUCUCAGACCAGGAAACAGCUGUUUGCAAAGUUGACAAGCUAUUUGGGUUUGAUGUUGAUUUUGUAAGCGAACUUGUGACGCCGCCCAAACAGCUCUGCAAUUCGCGCUUCGAGGUAUCUGUGGAGGAUAUGGCUUUUUUGGGACUUCCAAUUCAUGUCAACGAAGACGGAAAUUGGAGAGUCUCCAGCCACGCUAAAUCGCGUAGGAAAAAAACGAGUCGCAGAAAGAAGGUGUCGUCGAGCUCGGAGUCGUCUGGCGAAGACGAUGAAUCUGACCAUGGAGAGAAACCGACCAAGAACGAUUGUCAGAUGUACAUGUUCCAUCUGGUAUUUGUCAUGAACCCACCAGUCAUUGAGUACAAUCACCGAAUUGACGAGAUGUUUCACUAUAUUGUGAGUCGGAUGGCUCUUUUAUUGAGGUACGAACAGCAAAAGUCCAAUUACGUGUGGAACCAGUCAAAACUGAUUCUCGAUCUCAGGGAAGAGUUUUCGUCUUUUCCUUUGAACGAGCAGUGGAAGAAAAUUACCGAAAAGUCAUCCUUGGCACGAAUGAUGGCUCAGACGUUCAAGGCAGUCUCAAACUCGGAAAUCAUCAACAUCGAAAUUAACAAUAAAAUGCGGUCGUUCCAGAUCCCCAUUCGCACAGAAUUCAGCUCUCUGCCGCCCCGCCAUACACAGCUCCUGCCUGGGUCCACUCUAUCGUCUACCUCGCCCUUUAAUUCUUUAGGGCCUGAUUUGCACAGCAGUGCGCAAACCAAUGACGAUAACAUGAUACACUACGCCCUGAUCAUGCUUGAUGAUCCCGAAUCGGUCAUUAGAGACAUCCAAGCCGAAAGACACUCUUUAAUCGCUAAUUUCAUUCGCAUGAUCAAGCCAAGCGAAAGCUUGUCUAGGUUGGCGACCCUCAGCGGUCUGGAUAUCGCAGAGGUAAAGCUGUUUGCCAACCAUUUGGUGUACUGGAGAAGAGCCAAGGCCUUCUUGCCAUUGAGUCCUAGAAACGUUUACAUUGUAUCCCCUCUGGCACCGUUGUCUGAUGUUUACAAGGAUUCAAACCUGUUUAAACAGCACUUUCCAAAUCUGCCACCAUUGGCCAAUUUUCUGUCGCUGAUCUCCUCGUCGUCCUCAAAACCAAGACCGAUUAACACCAUCAUCCCAAGCAAGGAUCACAGAGACUUGUACUUGGAUGCCGUUGCUUGGUUACUAAGACAUGGUUACAUAACCCAGCUGCAGACAUUCCUCUAUUUGCGAAUCACGAAGGAGGUGAAAAUAAAGGUUGAAGAAGAGUUGGAGAUGGAGCGAAAAAACAAAAAGAACAAGCACGAGGGCGACGACUCAUCUUCUGAAGAUGAAGAUGACAGUAAGGUGGCUUCGACAGAUAACACCACCAAAAAGAGAGAGCAGACAUCGUUGCCGUACUCUAUCUCGGGAUCAGCAGGUUCUGAUCUCAAUCUCGAGUCUCAAUCCAAAUUGCCAGGAACGGUCUAUUUUGAGGAAGAAGAGGAGGAAGACACUAUUCUUUUAGACCCGCAGAGUGCCACUGCUCAGGAACGUCGCUGGAUAGCCAAGUGCGUUGAGGGCCAGCCGCUAGAGGUGAUCAACCUAUUCUACAAGCUGCUCAAGUACAUGAACGGAAAGACGUCAUUGGAGCUAUUGAUGGUGAAGGAGAACAUUAGUCGUCAGGAUGUGCGCAAACUUCUAGUCGCUCUGGACAAGCAUGUCACAACUGUAAGACAUUGGUGA